AUGUCCUCCAACUCGACCAACUCGACCGUUGUCUUCAUACCCACCUUCAACACUUGCGAUGAAGUCAACGAACAAUGCCCCGUAGAGGCACAAAUGUACGGCGACUACUUUACAAAGUCAGCUUGUAUAUGGUUUACCCUGCUGUACUUCACGUGCUUUUGCACGCAAAUGCUCUACGCCUGGCGUUCCAAAGCAUGGUCUUAUGGCGCGUGGUUCGGUGUCGGAACCGCCUUUGAAGCCAUGGGCUACGCGGCUCGCAUCAUCAUGUGCGACGACCCAUGGAACUUUAAUGCCUUUCUGGCUCAAAACCUGGGGCUUGUGCUUGCUCCUACGUUUAUCGCGGCCGCCACCUCGAUCAUUUUCAAGCAUCUCAUCGACUGGUAUGGGUCAGAGUGGUCCUUGUUUCGCCCUGCGUUGCUCCCUUGGAUACUUGUUGGCAGCGACAUGGUCUCAAUUGCUGUGCAGGGAACUGGCGGUGCGGUAGCUCCCAUGGCGUCCAGCAAAAGCGGAAAAGAAGCACAGGAUCUCAUGGAUAUAGGCAAUGGUUUGCUGCUUGGAGGCACCAUCUUCCAGGUUGUCAACAUGGUUGUCUGUGGCGGUAUCAUGCUCCUCUACCUAUGGAAGAGACAACAAUCUCUUGGUCGUUUCCGCUCCAGACUGGGGUCCAGUGACCUCCAAGACAGCGGCAAAGCUUCAGGUGGAAAAGGCCAGUACGACUUUGAAGCCACACUCAAGGUCUAUAUCUGGUCUCUAGUCGUCGCGUACAAUCUCAUUCUCGUUCGCUGCAUUUAUCGUGCUAUAGAGAUGGCUUCUGGCUGGGGCAGUGAUAUUAUGAAGACCGAGGCUAUCUUUAUCACGUUUGAAAGCCACAUGAUUCUGACUGCUGUUGCACUCAUGACCAUCUUUCACCCACAUGUCUUUUUCCCUGUGGCUGGUCGUGGAGGCGGUGCCAGGUCGCGCCGCUCCGUUCACUCGGAUAUCCAAGAGUUGAGACCGAUGAACUAG